AUGAACGAAGAAGAAACCAAGAGAAGGCUGAAAACCUUGCGACAGUCCCGAACAAUCCGCAGAAACAAGGCGAUGGCCGAGUUGGAGGCAGUCACAGAUCUCCACUCAGGUAACCCGACGUUCGCCGAGGGUCAGCGCCCGGAAGAACUCCUCAUUCUCAUGACUCAGCACGUUGAGCGUAUCCGCGAGUUGGACGGCAAGAUCGCCGACCUGGCGAGCGAAGACGCAGUCGACGCCGAGGCGACCGCUUCGGAAGAAUUUCACAUCGAGAUCGAGCGGGGAAUCGCUGCAAUCAGCGCUGUGACCCAGGUCGGGACCGGCGACCUUGCGGCGCAGGCAGAGAUGCCGACGUUCUACGGAACCCCGGAAGCCAUGCGACACGUCCGAUCCAGGCCCACGAUGAACUCUACCAUGAGCGCGCCACGUCAAAUGCGCGAGGCGACCCAGGUCCCGGACAGUUCGCCACAGCCGGCCGCGCAAGUGGUAUCGACGACAACCGCGCGCUUGCCUCGUGAGCUCGACAUUUCUCCCGAGGUAUUCGCAGGAGAUCGCCUGAGGUACCGUGCCUUCAUAACCCAGUUCAAAUGCUUCGUUGGAAAGAGACCGGAGGCCACUCCGGCGGAAAAGCUGAUGGUGCUCCGGAAAUACGUGACCGGCGAGCCUAGGGACAUCGUUCAGGCUCUCGAGCUGUCGGAUGGGAACAUCGCGACUCUCGCAUCCAAUGGGAUUCCGCUCACCGACUUCGCGCUAUCGCUGAGAUCGGCGAUAGAAGCAGCCCUACCGAUUCGGUUGCGCCAAGACUACAAAGAUUCUCGCCGUCUCGAGAAGAAGCUGCUCGCCCUCACCAGAGGUGGCAGCGGAGAGGGGUCUACGGCCGACGACUGCAUCGAGACAGCUGACGAGGAAAGCACCACCGACGCAGACGACAGUGGCACAUCUGUUUCAACGAGGGCUGCCAAAGAGGUCCGCAACCUGAUCGACUUCUUGCGCGGUCGUGUCCGGGACUGGGAAGACAACCGAUACUUAGAUGAGCGGGCUUCGCCGGCUACAGCCGAGGUUCCUGAGCGCCCGGCGCAAGCGCGAGAUGUGCGGCGCCGACCCAAGAGCACCAUCGCGGGUGCUGCGUCGAGACCGUCUGGAUCAGCUGGGACCGGUUACCGGCCGCGACCAUGUUUGUUUUGCCGAACGGCUGAUCAUAACUCGUCCCGCUGUACGGCAAGCUUCUCCAUCGCAAAACGCCGAGAGAUCCUCACGGCUCAGCGGCGUUGCGAGAAGUGCUUCAGGACGAAACAUGCGAACCCCGCCGACUGCCGCGGUCCGAAGGCGCCGUGUGCCUCGUGUGGCUCAAGACAGCACUAUACUUCAAUGCACGGACCUGAUUCACCAAGACAUGGUGAUCAGACAGCCGCUGGAAGUGACGCGACGACCGCCGCGGUGGUCCAGACGGUGAGCGGGGCAAGCGCGGACACCGGCGCACUGCUGCUAACUGCUUGUGCCUAUGUGAUCAACGGUGGGGUCAAGAUUCCUAUCCGGGUGUUCAUGGAUCCCGGAAGUACGCUUACCGUGAUGCUGCCUUCACUCCGAGCCAUGCUCCGCGAUCCUCCCGUUGGUGUAAGCAAUCUCACCAUUCAGGCUUUCGCCUCGACGCUGGCAAGUGAACGGAUUCCGUUGUACAACAUCCGCAUCAUGAAUAUUCGUGGAGGACCAACAAUCGAGCUCUUCGCCCACGAGUACAAGUUCGACUUCGACCCGCCGAAUACGACUACCAAGGCCGUCCUUCAGGCCCUCUCCAAUUUCGACCGAGAGAGUCCGCUCGCAGAUAGAACAUAUGUGGGAGAGUGGUCACGCAUGCCACCCGCCUUACUUAUUGGAAUGAAUCAACUCCAUAAGGUAAUGCACAGAGAGCUUCCACAACCCGUCGUGGAUGACAUAACCGCACAGUCAUCGAAGUUAGGGUGGCUCGUUGGGGGUUCGAUUCCCCUCGGUCAGCACCACAUAGAGGGUGAGGUGACGGCGACGCACAUCGUCUGCUGCGCCGCCGGCCUGUCCGCCCGUCAGUCUCUGCAGAUGUCAUCGGCUGCCAGAGCUCUUGAGACGCUGUGGAGCUUGGAGGCGCUGGGUAUAUCGGACCCCCCUGCAGCGUCGCAGAUGUCGGCGGACGAGGAGGAAGCUACUCGACAAUUCAACAGCGAAAUCUCCUUCGAAGAUGGUCAUUAUGUGGUUUCGUUCCCGAAGCGACCGAGCAUCUCUCAACUUCAGAACAAUCUGGGCGUCGCUUCCCAACGUCUCGAGCGAAAAUUAUCGCAGCUCAGGCAAUAUCCCAUGAAAUAUCGACGCUAUCACGCGGAGGUGAUGAAGUUCAUCGACGACGGCUUCGCUGUAGAAGUUCGCGACUUCUCGCCUGGUUCCCGUUCGGAAGUCGAUGGUUCAUACUACAUGCCUCAUCACGAGGUUGUCGUGACGUCGGAAAAGGCGGAAAAAUGGAGAAUCGUGUUUGAUUGCUCCGCAAAGCAGAAAGGCGCCUCGUCCCUCAAUGAUCAUCUCUUACCGGGUCCGAACCUGAACCCCGACUUGGUGUCGCUUCUUCUGAAUUUCCGACUGCACUCCGUGGCGGUGUCGGCCGACGUGAGCAAGGCCUACAUGAGAAUCGCCGUCGCACCGGCAGAUCGGCCGCUGUUUCGAUUCCUGUGGAAGGGACCCGACGCCGACUCCGUCCGGGCGUACCAGAUGCAGCGAGUUACGUGGGGAGCGGCGUCAUCCGGUUUUCUUCUGGCCGCGACGAUCCGGCAUCACUUACAGGGAGCCGACCCCGCGUCGCAGGAUCUCUCGAAAUGUCUAUACGCGGAUGAUUUCUUGCAAAGCUUCGAAGACCCGCAACGCGAUUCAGUUCACCGAUAA